AUGGCUUUGUCAGACAUAAAAAACAACUGUCUUGAUCUUAAAAUAAAUGAUAUCAUGUUAUUGGAAAAAAUAGCAAAAAUAUUAGAACAAUUUACAAACCUAAAAUUGAACAACGGAACGAAAAAUGACAAUAAAAACGAACUUCAAAACGCUACUCCACCAGAGGAUUUUCGAGUACUGUCUGUUUAUCCUACACCAGUUGAUUUAGAAUACCAACGACCUUUUUUACGUCCUAACAUUACAAAAGGAGCUUAUCAGAGUGUAGAACAUUAUUUAGACGUACAGUUUCGUCUUUUACGUGAAGAUUUUAUUGCACCACUUCGUGAAGGGAUUAAGUGUUCUAAAGAAAGUAAUAAAAAUCGUAACGAAAGACGGAAAAGAAUUAAUAAUAUUCGGAUAUAUCGCAAUGUUCAAUUUAACGAGGAAAAAGUUUUUGUACAAGAUAAAUUGGGAUAUUUAAUAAAUUUCAAUAAAAACAAAAAAUUGAAAAUCAACUGGGACAUUUCUAAACGGUUAAUGUAUGGAUCGUUAUUGUUAUUUACUAUGAAUGAAUUUAAUGAUUUUUUCAUCGGUAUUGUAUUGGGUCGUGAUAAAAAAUAUUUGGCAAACGGUCAAUUAAUUGUAGAAUUGAUUGACGACUUACAGCCAGGCAUGCUUACGUCAUCGUUCACCAUGGCCGAGAGCGAAGUGUAUUUUGAACCUUAUAAAUGUGCCAUGCAAGUUCUCCAGAACUUGAACGGUAAUAAUUUCCCCAUGGAAAAAUAUAUUAUUUCAACAUGUAAUAAAGUCGAAAAACCUAAUUACUUAAAAUCUUUACCAGUAAAAAUGUUCAAUUUCAAUGGCGGGGAACCAUUUAAUGUUUUAAACGAUAAUGAAUGGCCUGCACAAGAAAAAUUUGGACUAGACGAAAUGCAAUAUAAAGCCUUCAAAGCAGCAUUAACGAAUGAAUUGACGGUCAUACAAGGUCCACCUGGUACUGGGAAAACAUUUAUUGGGUUGAUGAUAAUCGAAACAAUUAUUAGAAGCAUGUACCAUUUUUUUGCGAAAAAUAGAUUACAAAAUCCGAUAUUAGUCGUAUGCUAUACCAAUCACGCCUUAGAUCAAUUUAUGGAAGGUAUAAUAAAAUUUACUACCAAUGUCGUUAGAAUUGGUGGCCAGACAAAAUCAGAUACUGUAAAAAACUAUACUUUAAAGAAUGUAACGAAAUACCAUAGGAAAUCGUCCAAUGUAUUUAAAACCAUUAGGAGUGCAACCGAAACAAUUAAAAAUGUGGAACAUGAAAUAACGUAUUUUAAAAAUUGUAAAGAAUUUAUUUCUCUAAAUGCUGGUAUUUUAGAAUUAUCCUUAUUGAAAAAUGGAUUACCAAUAAUUUAUCAAAAUUUUUUUUCUAGUUCAAUAAAGUAUAUUUGUUGGCUAUUUUGUGAUAAAGAUUACUUUGAUUUUGAUCCAAUUGACUUGAUUCAGAACAUAGAAUUGAAUACUGAACAUUGUCACUCUGAAAAAAUGUUAGAAGUUAAUAAUAUUAAUGACACAGAAGAUGAAAAUUUGCACUAUGAAAAUGAUGACCCGGACAUGGAUUUUAAACACCAGGAUAUUGUUAUUUACAGUCUUACUUUAAAAUUAAGUUACUUUAAACAGUUACUAGUCGCGUUGACUCGUUUGUAUUUUGUUUAG